UUGGCAGGCGGUUUCCGCCGCUGUCCGGGCGGGGGCGCCGCAGGCAGGCGCGGGGAGCCGAGCGGGAGCGGCGGGGCCCAUCUUGCUGCCGCUCGGCCGCCGUGCUCAGGGAGGAGGGCCUUAGGGCGGCGUGCGGCCAAUCCGGGCGGGCGCUGGCGGCGAGCAAGGCAGAAUGGGCUGUAGUUUAGUGAAAUAGGAAAGCUGCAAACAGUGUGGAGUGUUCCUGGUGUAAAUAAAAGGGGGGAAAAAAAAGUUUCUGCAAGUCGCGGCUCUGCAGCCUCGCUCCGACACUGGCACGGGGGCUGGUGCGUGGCAAACAACCAACACACUGGACUUGGUGGUGCUGCGUGAGCACGCUCUCCCUAUUGUUUGUGUUUUUUUCAAAAUAUGGCAAAGGUUCAGGUGAACAAUGUAGUGGUGUUGGAUAAUCCGUCUCCUUUCUACAAUCCUUUCCAAUUCGAGAUCACAUUUGAGUGCAUAGAGGACCUGUCGGAAGACUUGGAGUGGAAAAUAAUUUAUGUGGGUUCAGCUGAAAGUGAAGAGUAUGAUCAGGUGUUAGACUCUGUUUUAGUAGGGCCUGUUCCUGCAGGAAGACACAUGUUUGUAUUUCAGGCUGAUGCACCUAACCCAGGGCUUAUUCCAGAUGCAGAUGCAGUAGGUGUAACAGUUGUGCUAAUUACAUGUACCUAUCGAGGUCAAGAAUUUAUUAGAGUUGGCUACUAUGUAAACAAUGAAUAUACUGAAACAGAACUGAGAGAGAAUCCACCAGUAAAGCCAGAUUUUUCUAAGCUUCAAAGGAAUAUUUUGGCAUCUAAUCCCAGAGUCACAAGAUUCCACAUUAAUUGGGAAGACAACACUGAAAAACUGGAAGAUGCAGAGAGCAGUAACCCAAAUCUACAGUCACUGCUUUCUACAGAUGCAUUACCUUCAGCAUCAAAGGGGUGGUCAACAUCAGAAAACUCAUUAAAUGUUAUGUUAGAAUCUCAUAUGGACUGCAUGUGACUAACCACCACCAUUUUGGUACUGUACAUGUGUUAAACUGUAAAAACAACCAGAACUAUUCCCUCAGAUUCCAUAAGUACAUAGUUGUCAAGCAAUGUGAAGAACUUGUUUUAAAACAUCCUGUAGAAAGUUUAUAAAAAAAAAACAAAAAACAAACCAAAAAACAACCAAACAGUAUUUGAGCAAAUUGUGGAAUAUAAAUACAACUAUUUUUAAGUAA